AUGCUCGCUCUGAGAAAGAAGAAGUUGCACCAGCAGCUGGCAAUGGACUGCAACACCAACCUCGCGAAGGAGCUCGUGGAGAGCAUCGAGUUCGCGCGCGCCCAGAAGGACAUCGUCGACGCACUUGCCGCUGGAGUGGAGACGCUGAAGCGAGUGCAGCGAGAGAUCGGGGGCGCCGACUACGUCCACCGCCUCAUGGACGAGCGCGACGAAGCGAUACUGGCGAUGCAGGAGGUCAGCGAAGCGCUGGCGGGCGCGGGCGUGGCCGCCGACGACGCCGAUGCGCUGUCGGAGCUGGCGAGGCUGGAGGAGGAGCACGCGGCCGCGGCGCUGUCGGCGCCCGCGGCGCCGCAG